UGAAAGUCAAAUGUUUGUCCAGCACAGAUGACUUACUCGUGGCUCCUCAGACUGAUUUUCCCUCUUUCUCUCUGUAUUUCUGUCCUCAGGCAUCCGUGGAGUUUCAUUACAGUCAAAGGAGACGCGUCCUCAGCAGUGGAGGAUCAUGCCGUCUAUCAGGGAACCAAGGCUUCGUCUGAGGCCCGGAGCUCUCAGGUGUUUCACUCAGGUUAUGGAGAGCAUUUCACCAUCACCACUGUCAGUCAGUGGGUGCAAGAGGCCGAAUGGACAGAAUGGUUUGACCGCGAUGAUGAGAGAGGAUCAGGUGACUGGGAGAAAGUGUCUGACCUCCACAAAGCUUUUCCUGAGAGAAUGUGCAGUAACCCUCUAGAUAUGGAGGCUGAAACUCUUGACGGCAUCCCUGCCAACAUGACAGGAGAAGUCUUCUCCAAGUUUGACAGAAACUAUGGCUUUGUGUGCCUCAACAAAGAGCAGCUGGAUGGGAUUUGCCACAACUACCACGUGCGUUUUCUGUGCGGAAAGCUGGUGCGUCCACAAGCCUCCAUCUCUAUAGACACCUCAUCUAACUGCAGUAUUCUGGAUGUGGCGGAUGAACCUCAUGGUUGGACGUUCGGUGACAGGAUCGUUGUGGCCAGUACGGAUUAUUCAAUGCAUCAGGCUGAGGAGUUCAGGAUCCUGCCUUGUCCGUCCUGCUCCAGGAACCAGAUCAAAGUGGAAGGCAAACCAGCUUACCUCCACAUAGGAGAGGAGGUGGACGGUGUGGACAUGCGGGCAGAGGUCGGACUGCUGAGUCGCAACAUUUUAAUCAGAGGCGAGAUGGAGCCAAGCUGUUACGGCAAUGAAGCCUGCAAGUUCUUCUCCUUCGACACAUUCGGUGGACAUCUCAAGGUGGAGCGAGGUUUCCGCGCGGUGCAUGUUUCAGGGGUGGAGUUGAAGCACAUGGGACAGCAGUCGAUGGGUCACUAUCCUGUCCACUUCCACAUGAACGGGGAUGUGGAUGAAAAGGGAGGCUACAACCCGCCAACUUACGUCAAAGACCUGUCUAUUCAUCACUCCUUCUCCCGCUGCGUCACCGUUCACGGCUCCAACGGGCUGCUGGUGAAGGAUGUUGUCGGCUACGAUGCUUUAGGGCACUGCUUCUUCACUGAAGACGGUCCGGAGGAGAGGAACACGUUUGAUCACUGUCUGGGUCUUCUGGUGAAGGCGAGCACACUGCUGCCCUCCGACAGAGACAGCAAGAUGUGCCGAGAUAUAACCAACGGAGCUUUCCCGGGAUACAUCGCCAAACCGCGGCAGGACUGCAGUGCCACCUCCACCUUCUGGAUGGCGAACCCCAAUAACAACCUCAUCAACUGUGCGGCGGCAGGAUCUGAGGAAACUGGAUUCUGGUUUAUUUUCCACCACGUCCCCACCGGUCCAUCAGAGGGCAUGUACUCGCCCGGCAAGUCUGAACAUACACCAAUGGGGCAGUUCAUUAAUAACAGAGCUCACUCCAAUUACAGGGCGGGAAUGAUUCUGGACAAUGGAGUGAAGACCACUGAGGCUAAUGAGAAAGACAAGAGACCGUACCUCUCUCUUGUAGGAGCCAGGUACGGCCCACACCAGGACGCAGACCCCUUUAAACCAAGAGUUCCUGCUCUAGUUCAUCAUUUUGUUGCCUAUAAGAACCAGGACCAUGGAGCAUGGCUGAGAGGAGGAGAUGUUUGGCUGGAUGAUUGCCAGUUUGCUGAUAACGGAAUCGGCCUGACUCUCGCCAGUGGAGGAACAUUCCCGGAUGACGACGGAUCCCGUCAGGAGGUGAAAAACUCUUUAUUCGUGGGUGAAAGCGGGAAUAGAGGGAUGCCAGACCUUAAUGAUCAGUCCUGGGGUCCUGGAGGUCCUGAUCAUCUCGGCAGAUCUUUGCCCAGAGGAGUGGAUUUCCCCAUUCGUGGAAUGCAGAUCUACGAUGGGCCAAUCAACAUCCAGAAUUGCACUUUCCGCAAGUUCAUAGCUCUCGAUGGACGACACACCAGCGCUUUUGGUUUCCGGUUGAACAACUCAUGGCAGAGCUGUCCAAACAACAACGUCACUGACAUCACCUUCGAUGACGUGCCGAUCACCUCACGGGUGUUUUUUGGAGAGCCGGGCCCCUGGUUUAGCAAGAUGGAGAUGGACGGUGACAAGACCACCAUUUUCCACGACGUUGACGGUUCAGUGAGCGAAUAUCCCGGCGCUUUUUUAGUCAAAGAAGAUAACUGGCUCCUUAGACACCCUGACUGCAUCGACAUUCCUGACUGGAGAGCCGCAAUUUGCAGCGGACACUACGGACAGAUUUAUGUCCAGACCCGGAACCCAGCGAGCCUGAACCUAAAGCUGGUGAAGGACGAGUAUCCGGAGCGGCCGCUGGAGCUGGUUGGAGCUCUGGGAAAGAGGAACCACUAUCAGCAGUUCCAGCCGGUGGUCAUGAUGGGGAAGGGAUACACCAUGCACUGGGAUCAAGCGGCUCCAGCAGAGGUCACCAUCUGGAUCAUCAAUUUCAACAGAAAUGACUGGAUAAACGUGGGCAUCUGCUACCCGAAAGGAACAACGUUCAUCAUAAUCUCAGACAUCCACAAUCGGCUCACCAAAGAGACCAGGAAGACUGGAGUGUUUUUGAGGACCACGCAGAAAGAGAAGAUGAGCCACAAUCACCAGAUCAGAGGAUACUAUUACUGGGAGGAGGACACUGGGCUGCUCUUCCUCAAAAUCAAAGCGCACAAUGAGAAGGAGGACUUUGCGUUCUGCUCAGUGAAGGGAUGUGAACGAGUGAAGAUCAAAGCUGCCAUUCCCCCCGGCAGCGGCCCGAGUGACUGCCAGGCUGAAGCCUAUCCCAAACACGCAGAGAUGCCCGUCGUAGACGUGCCCAUGCCCAAAAAGCUGCCCCGCUCCAGACUGCCUCACACGCCACAGCACUUCCUUGAAGUCAAGCUGGAAUCAUAUAACACUCGCUUCUUCCACAUCAAAGAGGACUUUGCCUAUACUGAGGUGAAUGGCAAGAAGAUCUACCAAUCAGAGGACGGCAUUCAUGUGACUGUGAUCGACGGCCACAGCGGUAAAAUCCUGGAGACUAAAGGCUUCAGGAACUCAAUACUGAUGGGGAUUCCAGCACAACUAGAAAACUACAUCACAAACCUGAAAGACGAGUCAGUGGUUUUGAUCACGUCUAAAGGGAAACUGGUCAGCAGAGGGCCAUGGACCAAACUUCUCAGUACCCUUGGAGCAGAUCAGACGGUCAAGUUGAAAGAUAAACUGGCGUUUGUGGGCUUCAAGGGCUCGUUCCGGCCCGACUGGCUGAAGAUGAGUGUUGAUGACGAGCGAGUCAAACUCCACCAAGUGCUGCCGAUUCCUGUGGUGAAGAUGAUGAAGCUCUGAAGACCGACUGACUACUGAAACCCACAUCUCAGCCCAGCAUGUGUUUCUGUUUCCCGGCCCAUUCCACUGUAUGUGACAACGUGGACGUCAAGUGCUUUUUUGGAUCGUGUCGUCAAUUGAAUAUACUUGAGUUUCAAUGGGCGAAAGAAAAACAAAACAAAAAAACGAAUGAACUGAAAACAAACGCAACAUUCCUUGUUUUCGUCCCUCUGGGUGAUGUUUGCCUUCAUGUUUUCAUUUAAUUUUUUUUAAAUAUGUAGAAAAAGAUUUCAGAUUGUAAACGUCGUGAGGUUUUCUCAUUUUUCUGUCACGCACAAGAGUUGGUUUCGUUUGCGUUGAACAAGAGAGCCAGCAAAAAAGUAAUAGUUGCACUUAAAGGUACAGUUCACCUAAAAAAAAUAAAUUCCUCGUUAUUUACUCACACUUAAGUGAUUCUAAACUUUUAUUAAUUUCUUUGUGAUAAACACAAAUCAAGAUAUUUUGAAGGAUGUUGGAAAAACGCAAACAUUUGCUACUUCCGAAAUCGCCUACUUUUGAAUUUAAAUGUACUACUUGACCAUUUGAAAUGUACGUUCUAUACAGUAUGAAUGUCAGAAGUAUGAAUGGAACUCGGAUGUACUACAUCCACCAUUUUGUCAUCAUCACAUGACCUACCUGCGUCAGUUGCUUCACUUCACUUCUAUUCAUAAAUUUUCUCGCUGUGCAUCAUGGGAUAUCGUAACAUUCGUCAGAUGCGCAUCAGAAUCUUGCCAGAAGUAGUAGCUCAUUUGGGUACUUCUCACAUACUGCCUUUCGAAUUCGGACAUACUACAAAUUAUCGACACUUUGAAUCACUUUAGUCACAUGACCUUUGUAUUUCGAAUCACUUUAGUCACGUGACCUGGGUGUUUGGAAUCACGUUAGUCACAUGACCUGGGUGUUUCAAAUCACUUCAGUUAUGUGACCUGGGUGUUUUGAAACACUUUAGUCACGUGAACUGGGUGUUUCUAAUCAAUUUAGUCGCGUGACCUGGGUGUUUCGAAUGACUUUAUUUACGUGACCUGGGUGUUUCGAAACACUUUAGUCAUAUGAUUUGGAUGUUUCAAAUCACUUUAUUCACGUGACCUGGGUGUUUCAAAUCACUUCAGUUAUGUGACCUGGGUGUUUCGAAACACUUUAUUUACGUGACCUGGGUGUUUUGAAACACUUAAGUCACAUGAUCUGGAUGUUUCAAAUCACUUUAUUCACGUGACCUGAGUGUUUCAAAUCACUUUAGUCACAUGACCUGGGUGAUUCGAAUCACUUUAGUCACAUGACCUGGGUGUUUUGAAACGCUUUAGUCACGUGACCUGGGUGUUUCAGAUGUUUGCAGUGUUUUAAAACAUUUGCCCUUUGGGAUCUGUCGAAACAUCAGUUUCAUGUCAGCCAUCCUUACUCUAUAGUAUGGAAGUAAAGGAUUUCAAAUGCAGCUAUUGACUUUUAUAGUAGAAAUUUUAACAAAAAAUACAUUAGUAGUCAAUAGCAGUUUUUUUUUUCCAACAUUCUUCAAUAUAUCUUCCUACAUGUUCAAAAGAAAUAACAAAAAAAUGGAUUAAAUGAUGACAAUUUAAUGUAUUAAUCACCGAUUAUGCAAAAAUCAACAUUAUACAUGGUUUAAUCACAGUUGUGUGGCAGCAGUGGUAAUGGUAAAAAUGUAUUAAUUUAAUUUUUGUAUAAAUACACUUGAUAAAAACAAGUUUGUACGUGUCAUCAGAGGGGUAAGCCCCGCCCCCUAGUGACCAUAUCACCCUUGUUAGUAUAGGGCGUUAGUCUUGUUUUUGAAUCUGCCACUAUGCUGACACACAGGCACUUGUAGCCCCGCACUCUUUUGAAAAGAGCACAAUCUCAUUUGAAUUUAAAGUGACAGUGACUAAAACACCACAAUUAGGAUCAAAGCCUAAAAGGGUCAGUUUUUUUAAGAGUUAUAAAACAUUAUUUGUGCAGUAUUUUGAGCUGAACUAUUUUAAACUUCACACUCUCUCUCUCUAUAGUCAACAGACUUAUUUUGCAUCUUGUAAGAAGCAUAAUAGGUCCCUUUUAAAUCUUUUUAGGUGUACUGUCCCUUUAAAGGCACAUGUCACCAAAAGAUUGAAAAUUCCUUGUAAUUUCAUGGAACAAAAUCAAUGCAAAAAUAUGAUUUAAUCUUUAAAUAUAUGAGCAAAAGCACUAUAAAAGUACUUAUAAUAUUAUGCAUAUUUACACAGAUAUGAUAUGUAAAUAAACGGAAAUGAGCACCAUGCAGUUUUAUCUUUUAAUACUAGAGCACUGAUUUUCUGGUGAACUGUUCCUUUAAAUAGAUUAAUAGAGAAUGCAUUUGAAUCUGAGCAUUAGUAAAUGUCAGCUAAUCAUAAAAAGAUCAGAUCAGCGAUGAGGAAUCAGCUUUUCUUUCCUUUGGCAAGCAGAACGACCGUGUCCAUUUGCCGAAAUAGCUGGUCUUUUUUCGGGGAUUGUAAUUUGUUAGUGUUUUUGUAUGUUUUGUGUGUUUCUUAAAAAAAAGCAACAACUAAAAAAUCCUGAUUGAUAACAGAGAUAUAUUUUAUACUUAUUUAUUGUACAGGCACUAUUACACAAAUCCAGAAAAGGGACAUCUUCUAAGGGACUUUUAAGUUGUAAUGUAAUUCUGUCCUAUCUGUAAAAAUAAAACAACCAAAAAAAAAAAAAAA